AUCACAAGGCGUGUCAUCUCAUCCCAAGUUCGGGACACCACCGGCAGCAAACCAAUCAAGAAGGCAGAAGCCUAGCUGUGCCGCGUGCCCCCACGUCCAGCGGUCGAGCACCAACCACCACCACCACCUCCGACGACGACGACGACGACAUCGUCAUGGGCAACAGCUUGCGGUGCUGCCUGGCCUGCAUGGUCCCGUGCGGCGCCCUCGACGUGGUCCGCAUCGUGCACCUCAGCGGGCACGUCGAGGAGUUCAGCUGCCCGGUGGCCGCGGCCGCCGUGCUCGCCGCGAACCCCAACCACACGCUCACCACGGCGUGGUCCCCCUCCGGCGCGCCGGGGUGCGGCUCCAGGAAGCUCGUCAUCGUGUCGCGCGACUCCGACCUCAGGCGCGGCCGCAUCUACUUCCUCAUCCCGUCCGCGACGCUGCCGGCCGACCGGAGGGGCAAGAAGCAGAGCAGCAGCAGCAAGCGGCCGGCCCGCCGCCACCUGCGCGGCAGGAAGAGCGCCGGCGAAGACACGGCGGAGCAGGACGCCUACCUGGGGGACCUGCUGCUCUCCGAGAAGGCCGCGUCGAGCGGCGGCGGCCACCGGCGGCGCCGGAGCGGCGCCCGCGUCGGCGUGUGGCGGCCCCAGCUCGACAGCAUCGUGGAGGAGGCCUCGGACUAGAUCCACCGCUCCAAUUAAUACCUCCAUCUCUCCUCUUUGGGCUCCGCUUACUUAUUAUAUUCUUUGGUUUUCUUUCUCAUCUGCCGAUGCGAAUACCGCGAUCGACCGAGGACGAGGCGCCGGCCGGCUCUCGCCUCUCGAUCCCCCUCGACGCUGUAUUGCGUGAUGUCCAGGGUUGAGCGGCGUUUUAGUUCGGGAGAUGAGGGGGGAAAUUGUGACAAAAUAACUGCACGCGAUGUAGCAGCCCCAACCUGUACAGAAACAUUUGGUUGAGUUCAUCUAGCUAAAAUUCCAAA